AUGUUAAAAAAGAUUAUACCCCGAAGGAACGAGCCGGUUCUGCACUUGGUUUGCGGGGAUGUCGGUCCACUCGAAGCUGGAGUGCCUGUGAAAGUUCCACUUUGGUUAGCAGUCGAUCUCAGAAGGAAACAGCAGUGUGAAAUAGUGCCGCCUUAUUGGUUUUGUCUUGAUGAGCUGAAGCGUCUCGUUGCAACAGAAGGUGAAACUGCUGGUCUUUCUCGGCUUCCACCAUAUAUAUUUGAAAUCUCCCAUAUUCUCGUCAGGGCAGCCAAGGAAGACAUAGUUGAUGGUGAUCAGAUAAAAGUUUUGAUUACAUGA